AGGGCCCUGGGUGCCCUGGCCCCACCCCACUGCCUCUGAGUGGAACUCAGAGCUGCUGUCCUCUAAGGAAGCUCAUUACAUCUUUCUCGGUUGUGACUGACCCCUGUCCUACACGCGAGGCUUCCCGGAUGGGGUCUGGGUGGGCUUAGGCUUGGGCCUGCUUCUCAGAAGUACCGAUCCACCUUGGAGAUUUCCUUCGCUCGUUGUACAGCGGGAGAAACUCAGGCCCCGGAGAGCAAAAGCUCGCCCAAGGUUGCUAGCGCAAGUGCAGCGGGAGGGGGACCUAGGAGUCGGUUUGCCCAGCCUGGGAUUCUUAGGGGCUGGGGCAGCGCCCUCGGUACCAGGCGCUGCUGGCGGCGCCGCCGGUGCCGCGAGGGCGGGGUCAGCGGCGGGCGGGGCGCCGGGCACCGAGGCCGCCAACGCCGCCGCCGCCGCCGCCGCCGCCGCCGCCGCCGCGCUCGGGAGAGCUCGGCGCACUCCCUCCGCGGCCGCCGAGCCGAGCGGACGCCCGCCAGGGCCGUGCCGCAGCCCUCUGCUCUCCCCCCUAUCAUGCCCGGGGCUCGGGCCUGGGCCGCCCAAGCAGCCAGGACACCAUGCCCGAGGGCGGCGAUGGCGAUGGCGGGGAGGUGCCCGCGCUCAUCCCAGACGGCGAGCCGCUGCGGGAAGAGCAGCGGCCCCUGAAACAGUCCCUGGGAAGCUCCCUGUGCCACGAGUCGAACUGGAAGUGCCUGCUCCUCACGCUGCUCAUCCACGCCUGUGGUGCCGUGGUGGCCUGGUGUCGGCUGGCUACCGUGCCUCGGCUGGUCCUGGGGCCGGAGGCGGCCCUGGCCCGUGGGGCUGGGGCCCCGCCCCCCACCUACCCAGCCAGCCCCUGCUCCGAUGGCUAUCUGUACAUCCCGCUGGCCUUUGUCUCCCUCCUCUACCUCCUCUACCUGGCUGAGUGCUGGCACUGCCACGUGCGGUCGUGCCAGGCCCCGCGCACGGACGCCAACACCGUGCUCGCUCUGAUCCACCGGCUGCAGCAGGCGCCGCCCUGCGUCUGGUGGAAGGCCACGAGCUACCACUACGUGCGGCGCACGCGCCAGAUCACCCGCUACCGGAACGGCGACGCCUACACCACCACGCAGGUCUACCACGAGAGGGCUGACAGUCGCACGGCCCGCGGAGAGUUUGACUACUCGGCGCACGGCGUCCGUGAUGUCUCCAAGGAGCUCGUGGGGCUGGCUGACCACGCGGCCACGCGGCUGCGCUUCACCAAGUGCUUCAGCUUCGGCAGCGCCGAGGCCGAGGCCUCGUACCUCACCCAGAGGGCCCGCUUCUUCGGCGCCAACGAGGGCCUGGACGACUACCUGGAGGCCCGCGAGGGCAUGCACCUGAAGGACGUGGACUUCCGCGACUCCCUCAUGGUCUUCGCCGACCCCCACAGCCCGCCCUGGUACGCGCGUGCCUGGGUCUUCUGGCUGGUGUCGGCGGCCACGCUGUCCUGGCCCCUGCGCGUGGUGGCGGCCUACGGCACCGCCCACGUGCACUACCAGGUGGAGAAGCUUUUUGGCGCCAGCUCGCCCCCACCGGGGGCCGUGCCCAGCGGGCCCCCGCUCUCCCGCGUGGCCACGGUGGACUUCACCGAGCUCGAGUGGCACAUCUGCUCCAACCGGCAGCUGGUGCCCAGCUACUCGGAGGCCGUGGUCAUGGGCGCCAGCUCGGGCGCCUACCUCCGCGGCUGCCAGCGCUGCCGCCGCUCGGUCAGCAGCAACUCGCUGCCGCCCGCCCGGCCCAGCGGGCCCCGCCUGCCUUUCAGCCGCAGCCGCCUCUCCCUGGGCGCCGGGGGCCGGGUCACGCCCGGGGUCUUCCGGAGCCUGAGCGGGGGGCCGCUGGGGCGCCGCAGAGAGGACACGGAGCCCCUGGAGAGCCCGCCGUGCUACGAGGACGCCCUUUACUUCCCGGUGCUCAUCGUCCACGGGGACAGCGGCUGCCAGGGGGACGGGCAGGGCGCGCUCUGAGCCCCCCCGGCCCCCCCCUUCCACCACCGAGGGCUUCGACGCCCGAGUCGUCGUCGUCCAGAACAGGAGGGAACUCAGACCAGCACACAAGGGGGGUGGGCGGAGCCCUUCAACAGACUGAAAUUCAGGGACUCCGGGUCAUUUGGGGGGCGAAUGGGUGCCACGCAAGUUGAGCCCGGGAACCUCCGGGCAUGGCUCCGCCCACCACCGCCCCGCCCCGCCCCCUGCAAUGGCAGGUGAUCUGUCUUGGGAGCUGAGGCUGGGCAGGGGAGGGAGUUUCCAUGGAGGCGCCCUGAGGACAGGACAGGGCCUCCCGUGGUCUCCCCCGCUCGGCUGACGCCACGCUGGGGGCGCUCGGGCCUUCCGGAGCACAAACUGGCGGUUUGGGGCUGUGCCAGCCGGGCUGACCUCCGUGAAGCUGAAGAGCUGGUUACAGUAGCGCCACGGCCUUGGCCCCACGGCCCACCCAAAGUCCCCAUCCUCUUCCCGUCACAGCCCUGCGACCUACCCUCUGCCUGGGGCCAGCCCCUGACCAGACCCUGCAGCACAACCCCCACUGGGGGUCUGGCCCUUGGAGCACAGCCUGGCCCCGCACCACCCUCCACUGUUCCCCGGUGUGCGCCCCUCGCCCCGCAUCCAGCGCCCCCUACAGCCUGAGGCUUCUUCUCAGGGCCCGCUUUGAUCCCACAUCCCCUGCCCCCCCCCCACCCCUGCCUCCGCCCCCCACGAAGUCCACUCCGCCUCUGUCAGCCGCGCGCACGCCCUCUGGGCUUCGCCCUCAGCGCUCCCCUGGAUCCCCCUCUGCUCUUCAUUUUCCUGGUGACCCACGGGACCCAGGGCCACAGGGCAUCCGAGGGGCCUCAGCCUGACAGCCUGCUGGACGGUGCCCUUGCUCUGCCACGGAGGGCUCCACCUCCCUGACCAGCAGGGCGUGGCCCAGGGGACGCCACUCCUCCCGCGGGAGGAAAGAGUGGUCCCUUCCCUUCCAACGGGGCUCCCACACCCUCGCAGGGACCGGUGGGGGAGGGAGGAGGUAGCGAAGAUGCAGAUAAAAUAAAAAGGUACAAAAUGGAAGGUGUUCUGAUGUGCCUUCCUGAGUGGAGGGUCCACGGCCGCCCCCACCAGGGCAAUGCGCCAGCCUGGGGUCUGGGAGGGGCCGCGGGGUUGGGCUCCAGCGUUCCCAGGAGCGGGGUUCGCUGAGAGGGAGCCUCCCUGCCGGCCUGGGGCCUCUGAGACUCAGACUUGAGGGGCUCUGAGCCGUGGACUCCAACCACUUGGCGUCUGUGUCACUUCUAAGGCGUUGUCUUAGUGGUCCCUCUUCCAGCCCGGGGGUGGGGGGGUUCCAUUCUGCCGCCGGGUGUGCGGAGGACUAAGGGAGGGGUGACGGGGCCCCACAGUGGGGAGAGAACUGUGGGCAGUGGCGGGAGUUUGGGUCCCCUGGUGGCUAUUGGCGUUAGUGGUCCCGGGCAGUGGGCACAGAGCAGGCUGGAGGACACCAAGCGGCAGACGGUGAACCCCAAGUCAGGGCAGGGCUAAGGUAGAGCCUCGCCCAUGGGCGGAGCUAGGGAGGCCCCUGGACGUGGCAUCUUCACGAGUUCACUGUGCAAGGGUGCCAGGCUGCAGGGCCCCCGUGGGGGCAUCCAGCCUGUGGGCCGCUCCUCAAGCCCUGGAGUGGUGCUGCAUCCACUGGAUAAAGGGGCACCUUUUUCUAACUCAUGCAAGGGCUCCAUAAGGGCGCGUGGUGGCCCCAGAAGGGUGCUGAGGAUGGGAGGGAUUCCCCCAGGCACAGACAGGGCACGGGGUCCUCUGUGCAGGCCCUGGAGCAGGUGCGACGAGGAGGCAGGAGCAAAGAGUCGUGGAAGAGCUGGCCGAGGCCUUCGAUGCCACAGC